AUGGGGAGGAGUCUGUUUCUCCCAGGAAGCCCGAAACGUCCAGCCUCCUCAUCGGAUGACGGCAAUCCGACAGAAAUAAGGCCAUCCCCGCCAUCAGCUGUUGCCAGCUGUGCGCUGCGCUCCAUCCCCACUACCAGUGGAUGUCGGCCACACUUCAACCGCCUCCAUCAUAAACACAGUCUUCGUCCGCUAGACGGUGUUUCACUUAGUGUUAAGCUGUGUGGCUUUGCACCAGCGCACCGGCGGCGGCAAGCCACGGCUCUGGUGGAACUUCGGGAACUUACAGCUAGCCGCAUCUGGAAGGACUUCAACGACUCGACUUCAAUGUGGGCAAGCAGCAAGCAAAAAGUGCUGCGUGCAGAAGAGGGGAUGCGUCUCAACACGAAAGGCAGUGUUUUCUUCAAGAGCAUCCAGAUCACCAUACGGAGCCCGUCGUUUCAGACAGCCACAAGCUCCCAUCGCAAGCUAUUCUCUUCCAGUGCAAGGAAAAUGGCGCCUCGUGACCCCAACACGCUGGCCAACUAUGGUGCCUGGUUGACGAAGCAUACGACGGUCAACUUCCGUGUCAACUUCGAGAAGCAGCGUCUCGAGGGCUCCGUCACUCUCGACCUGGAGUCUCUGACUGACAAGGAGAGCAAGGAGAUCAUCCUGGAUACCAACCAGCUCCAUGUCUCGUCCGUCAAGCUGAAUGCUUCGGACUCGUCGUGGCAGCUGAAGGACAAGGUUGAGCCGUAUGGCUCUCCUCUUCACGUCUCAGUGCCUGAUGGUGCGUCUAAGGGUGAGAUUGUCAAGGUGGACAUCGCCAUAGAGACGACUGGGCAUUGUACGGGCCUGCAGUGGAUGUCACCGGCUCAAACCGGGAACAAGAAGCACCCCUAUGUCUACUCGCAAUGCCAGGCCAUCUUAGCCCGAUCUAUCUUCCCCUGCCAAGACACGCCUGAUGUGAAGUCUACUUUCACCUUCAACAUCACGUCGCCUCUGCCUGUGGUGGCUAGUGGUGUUCCCGUGCCUUCAGACACCAGCGGCGAGGGAGACAAGCUGUUCAAGUUUGAACAGAAAGUGCCCAUCCCCUCGUAUCUUUUCGCACUAGCUUCGGGCGACCUGGAAACGGCACGCAUCGGUAAGAACUCGGUUGUAGCUGCUGGCCCAGAGGCGAUCAAGGCGGCAAAAUGGGAGCUCGAGGAUGAUAUGGAUAAGUUCCUCGACGUUGCGCAGAAGCUCGUCUUUGAAUACCAAUGGGGAGAGUACAAUGUAUUGGUACUGCCGCCUAGCUUUGCCUAUGGAGGUAUGGAGAACCCUAUCUUCACCUUCGCGACGCCUACCAUCAUCAGUGGCGAUCGCCAGAACGUCGAUGUCAUUGCACAUGAGCUCAGUCACAGCUGGAGUGGCAAUCUCGUGACGAGCUGCAGCUGGGAGCACUUCUGGCUUAACGAAGGAUGGACUACUUACUUGGAGCGACGUAUUGGUGCAGCCCUUCACGGAGGUCCCCAAUUCGAUUUUUCUGCAAUCAUCGGUUGGAAAGCUCUGGAGGAUACCGUGAGCCGGUUUGGAGCGGACCAUGAGUUCACGAAACUUAUCAUCAGCCACAAAGGUGUGGACCCUGAAGAUGCCUUCAGCACUGUACCUUACGAGAAGGGAUUCCACUUCCUCUGGUACCUGGACAGACUUGUAGGGCGCGAGCACUUCGAUAAGUUCAUCCCCCAUUACUUCAACACAUGGGCUCGCAAGAGUCUGGACUCCUUUGAGUUCAAGCAGACCUUCCUGGAUUUCUUCAACUCUUACGGCAAUGCGGAAAUCAAAGAGAAGAUUGCUCAGAUUCCGUGGGAAGAGCGCUUCUACAAGCCUGGCUUGCCGCCAAAACCCGACUUUGACACAUCGUACGUGGACAGCUGCCUAGCUCUGGCUGAGAAGUGGAAGCAACACGACUACAAACCCAGCCCCAAGGACAUUGAGUCCUUUACAGCCAACCAAACCCUGGUUUUCCUUAACAAGGUUGAAGACUUGUCUCCAGCACUUUCCCCAGAGCGAUCGCACUUGCUUGGCUCCACCUACGGCAUCAGCUCCUCGAAGAAUGUCGAGCUGAAGUCAGCUUACUACUCCAUUGCUCUCAAAACCGGUGACAGAUCUGAGUUCCCCGGAAUCGUCGAGCUGCUGGGUAGCGUGGGCAGAAUGAAGUUCGUGCGUCCUCUAUACAGGGGGUUGGUUGCUCUAGACAGAGAUCUGGCUGUAAAGACCUUUGAGAAGAACAAGAGCUUCUACCCAUCGACGACGAAGGGACAAGUGGCGAAGGACUUGGGCUUGGCUUAA